CCUGCGCUCCGGGCCGCCGCUCCCCGGUGCCCCGCGCUAGCCACUUUGCACUCGCACGCACGCCCGACCUCGCCGCUGCCUGUCUCGCCAUGGGUCGACAGAAGGAGUUGGUGAAUCGUUGCGGGGAAAUGCUCCACAUCCGCUACCGGCUGCUUCGCCAGGCGCUGGCCGAGUGCCUGGGGACCCUCAUCCUUGUGAUGUUUGGCUGUGGCUCGGUGGCUCAAGUGGUGCUCAGCCGAGGCACCCACGGUGGCUUCCUCACCAUCAACUUGGCUUUUGGCUUCGCCGUCACCCUUGCCAUCUUGGUGGCUGGCCAAGUGUCUGGAGCCCACUUGAACCCUGCUGUGACCUUUGCCAUGUGCUUCCUGGCCCGAGAGCCCUGGAUCAAGCUGCCUAUCUACGCACUGGCCCAGACGUUGGGGGCCUUCUUGGGUGCCGGGAUUGUUUUUGGGCUCUACUACGAUGCAAUCUGGGCCUUUGCCAACAAUGAGCUUUUCGUCUCCGGCCCCAACGGCACAGCUGGUAUCUUUGCCACCUAUCCCUCUGGACACUUGGACAUGGUCAAUGGCUUCUUUGAUCAGUUCAUAGGCACGGCCGCCCUUAUUGUGUGUGUGCUGGCCAUUGUUGACCCUUAUAACAACCCCGUGCCCCGUGGCCUGGAGGCCUUCACUGUGGGCCUUGUGGUCCUGGUCAUUGGAACCUCCAUGGGCUUCAAUUCUGGCUAUGCCGUCAACCCUGCCCGUGACUUUGGACCUCGCCUUUUCACCGCCCUGGCUGGCUGGGGCUCAGAAGUCUUUACGACUGGCCGACACUGGUGGUGGGUACCCAUCGUCUCUCCACUCCUGGGAUCCAUUUGUGGCGUCUUCGUGUACCAGCUCAUGAUUGGCUGCCACCUGGAGCAGCCCCCGCCCUCCACUGAGGCGGAGAACGUGAAGCUGGCUCACGUGAAGCACAAGGAGCAGAUCUGAGUGGGCAGUGGCCAUCCCCGCCCCCACUGCUCGCUCUCUUGAGUGUCCACUGACUGUGUGGGGUCCAGUCUCUAAAAGCCCCUUGAGAUGCCUCUCAGGCUAAAACGCUCCCUGUAUCCACCCCCGCUGGAUGGCCCCUCCAGAAUUUCUACUGAACUCUAGGGCAUUAGCCUCCCACACUUAAGCCAAGGUAGGAUAGCAAGUAAGACCAAACGUCAAACGUCCUUUUGUUUCCCAAAAGAAAGAGGAUGGAGAGAGAGAGAGAGAGAGAGAGAGAGAGAGAGAGAGAGAGAGAGAGAGAGAGAGAGAGAGAGAGAGAGAGAGAGAGAGCAUGUGUAUGUGUGUGCUGUUUUCUAGGCACCAAGUUUUCAAAACAAACUGUAGCGGCUCAAGGGAGCCCAGGGGAAGGGAGAAGGCGAGCAAGCGCCGGAGUGCACCAGAGCGCAUGCGCUUCAGAGACUCCUCCAUGUGGAGGUGGACCCAGGAGUGUGUUUCUAAGUGUGGGCACAGGCGCGGCUACUGUUUUUUCUGAAAUGGACUUCUAGGCUUGGGGAGGGGGAAGGGAUAAGGGAUAAUAAGGGCGUAGCUCACAUCUGGAGCUAUGAUCCUCGACCAGGGGCCGUGUAAUAUGUUUCUGUUAUAAGAUAGACCUUGGGAGGGGCUGAAGUCCAGGUCGAAAGUUUCAUAAUUUGUUUUUUUUAAUAUAUAAAUAUAUACAUACAUAUAUGUUACAGUUUUAGGAAUAGGGGUGGGAAACUCCACUUUUUAAAAGGGUUUUCCUUCCUUUAAUCUUCCAAUCAACAAUGUACUGUUGCCUUUUAUAUUAAAAAAAAAAGAAUAAAAUGUAUACAUGCGAUAGGAA